CCCUCGUGCUAGGCAAAGGCAUCUCCCAUUUCGAUUUGAACUCCCGCUCGACACCCGUUUUGAAAACCCGGACCGCGUACCCUUCUCUCAAAGCUGAAGGCACCCGCCGCCUCUCCUUCCAUCCCCUCCCCCUGCCCAGGCCGUGAACCCUCCCAAACCCCCGGCCAAUCGAAGCCCAAAACUCGACGCCCAACGCAAUGGAGCCACGCGGCCGUCGCCGGAAGCAGCAGGGGGCGGCGGAGGACAAGGAGAACACCGCCGGCACGGCGCCGCCGCCCCGCAAGAGGCCGCGCUGCACGGAGCGCAAGGCCCUUGCCGAGCUCCCCACAGCCCCGACCGCGAACAACGCAUCGGCGGCGCCAAUGGGGGCGCCGUCGAAGCCGAUGACGCGCGCGGCGGCCAGGGAGGCGGCCGCCGCGGCGGUGGAGGAGGAGGCGCGGAGGCGGGAGGGUUCCGCCAUUGCCGCCCGCCCGGCGGCCUCGAGGCUGACGGACGCCGGGGCGGCGCAGGCGUCGGUUGGCCCGUACGUCGCGGACAUCGACGGGUACCUGCGGUCCCUGGAGGUUAAACAAUUGAGGAGGCCGAGGGAUGACUAUAUGGUGGCCAUGCAGAAAGACAUCAGCGCCACUAUGAGGGGGAUCCUAGUAGAUUGGUUGGUGGAUGUGGUUGACGAGUUCAAUCUUCUGGUUGACACACUUUACCUUGCGGUUUCAUAUAUUGACCGCUUCCUCACGGCGAGUGUCAUUACCCGGGACAGGCUGCAAUUGCUUGGUGUCGCUUCAUUGUUUGUUGCUGCGAAGUACGAAGAAAUUCAUGUUCCUAAGCUGGACAAAUUCAGUGACAUUACUGAUGGCACAUACACCAAUCAGCAGGUGGUGAAGAUGGAGGCUGACAUACUGAAAUAUCUCAACUUUCAGAUGGGGAGUCCCACCAUAAGAACUUUUCUAUUAAGAUUCCUAAUAUCUUGUCGUGGAGGCAAUUGUGCAAGUGCGAAAAGGUUGGAGCUUAUGUGUUGCUAUCUCGCGGAAUUGAGCUUGCUAGACUACGACUGCAUAAGGUUCCUGCCAUCAGCUAUUGUUGCUGCCUGUCUGUUCUUAGCCAGGUUCACAAUCAGCCCAAAGAUUCGUCCUUGGAACUUGACGCUGCAAGAGAAAACGGGCUACAAGGUCUCUGAUCUCAGCAGUUGCAUCCUGAGGAUACACGAUUUGCAGUUGGGCAGACACUAUUCAAAUCUGAAGGCCAUCAGGAGCAAGUACAGUGAGCGUAAGUUCGGGUGCGUGUCGAUGAUGGCCUCGCCGGAAGAAAUUCCGGUAUCUCUCCUCAAAGACCUCGAUAAGUGAAAGGCUGACAAUGCGGCUUCAUUUCAACAUAAGAUGGAAGCAGGGAGCGGAUCCCUUAUUUUCAGGGAAAAAGGGUUUAAAAGGCUGAUUUGCUCUAGAUCCCCUAUUCUUUUGCAGGCUAAGGCAGAAAAUUCAUUAUUAGUGGAUUAGGGGUUGAUCUAGCAAGAAUCUCUCAUGGCCACCUGUACGUAGUUAAUCGUGCCAUUUCGGUUGCAUUUACAGUGCAGCCAUCUAGCUCAUCUGUAAUCUGAUAUCAACGUGUGACCGGAAUGUUUUUGUACAUAGGUUAGCAUGUUGGUGGUGCCGUGGUCAAUGAUAAAAUUCCGCAUGAAAGCUUUCAGGCAA